UCACAUGGGUUGUGGGAGUGUCCGGUGGAUAUAUAAAGAAACGCCCCAUUCUUCCUGUCAUUCAGAUACAGAAAACAGUCAAAUAGUACCCCACGCUGAAGCCACCUUCUUUUUCAACAUAGCUACUGUUUGUUCCUGCUCACCCUGUCGAUAAACAACACGGUCAAACGACGACAGACACAAGAUGGCCCAGUGGCAGGAGCUGCUGAGGCUGGACUCAGCCCUCCAGAGCCGGGUGAGCCAGCUGUAUGACGAGAGAAAGUUUCCCAGAGAGAUCCGCCACUAUCUGUGCGUCUUGCUAGAGGGCCAGGACUGGCAUGCGGCAGCUGUGGAUGAAAAUAAAGCAAGAUCUUGUUUCCAUGAACUCCUGGAGUCUUUGGAAGACGAGUGGAAACGUUCUGUUCAGGAGAACAAAAUUUUACAGGGACCUGAUUUUCCAUGGAUGAAAGACUACUUGCUGAAACACUUUAAAGGUGAGCCGCUGAACUUGGCCGUAAUCCUCUCUGAAUGUUUAAAGGAGGAAAAGAAAAUCCUGACCUCAGCCUCUGAAGCACAGGGUUGCGGCAGUCCAGCGAUGGAUCAAAAAUGGAAAGAGUUGGACAACAAAGUCAAUGAACUGAAAAGACAGAUUUUGGAGGUGAAGGAGGAAAUGAAGUCACUGGAGUUACUAAAUGAAAACCUUGACUUCAUACAGAAGACCUGGCAAAGCCAAGUGGAGGAGCAUAAUGGACUGGCCCAGUCCUAUCCUUUUGUGGAAGGGGAAUGUCUUAAGCGGACCAACUUUAUCACAAAAACAAAGCAGAUAGUGCUGCAGCAGAUAGUGAACAUUUUAAACCUGGCACAGCAGAUAGUGGCGACUCUCACAGAUGUGGAGCUGCCAGAGUGGAAGUGCAGGCAGCAGAUGGCAUGCAUUGGAAGUCCAGUUGACACCAGCCUGGACAAUCUCCAGGAGUGGUUCAGGACGGUGGCAGAUGUACUGCUACGUGUACGCGAACAGCUGCAGAAACUGCAAGACCAGAACAAGAAAUACAACAGCACUGAUACCUCCAGCCUCCCUGAACCCAUAGCAGAAAAUGAGAGAUUCACACAGCUCUUGUUCACGAAACUUCUUGCACAUGCUCUGGUGGUUGAGAAACAGCCGAUCAUGUCGAGUUUACCAUAUCGACCUCAAGUACUAAAGACUGGGGUGCGGUUCACAGUGGCAGUGAGGUUCUUAGCAAACCUCCCAGAAUUUAAGUGCCUGCUCAAAGUCAAACCUGUAUUUGACAAGGAUGUUGAAGAAGCCAAGACGGUUAAAGGGUUCCGUCACUUUGUCUUCAACAACAAUGACUGUAGGGUUUUGGACAUGGACACGCCCCGUGGAGGCUUGGUGGCAGAAUUUAGACACAUGUCACUUAAACAUAAACCGAAAGCCAAAGGAUCCUGUGAGAGUCAUCUGAUAGUCACUGAAGAACUCCACAUCAUUAAGUUUGUGACAGAGUUUCAGCAUGCUGGACUGAAAUUUGACAUCGAGGCCAGCUCUCUGCCUGUGGUUGUCAUCUCCAGUACCAAUCAGGUGGUCAGUGCCUGGGCCUCGGUCAUGUGGUGCAACAUGCUGUCCGUCAGUGAACCCAGGAACCUGUCGUUGUUUGUGGAACCUCCUCCACUCACCUGGCAGCAGCUGUCGCAGGCUCUGAGCUGGCAGUUUUUAUGCGCCGGCCAACGGGAGCUCGACCAAAACCAGCUCUCCUAUCUAAGAGACAAACUUGUGGAUGAUCCUGAUGGUCUGGUUCACUGGAGCAAGUUCUCCAAGAAUGAAAAUGCCUGGAUUUGGAUCGAUGGGAUCCUGGAUUUGAUCAAAAAACACUUGGUGGAUCUUUGGCGCGAUGGAUUCAUCAUGGGGUUUGUGAGCAGGGAGAAAUCCGAGGUUCUGUUGCAGGAAAAACAGAGCGGGACCUUUCUGCUCCGCUUUAGUGAGAGCAACAAAGAGGGAGCCAUCACCUUCAGCUGGGUUGAGCACUCCAAUGGUGACACCCAUGUACAUGCCGUAGCUCCCUACACCAAGAAUGAGCUGUCGAGCAGUUCUCUGCCCAAUGUUAUUAACAACUACAGUCUGAGAGCCAAGAGGAACAUGCACAGGAACCCUCUGAUCUAUCUUUACCCAGACAUCCACAAAGACACUGCCUUUGGACACUACAACAACACCAUAGAAAUGUCAGCACCUAACAAGGAUGGCUACGUUCCCAAAAAAACUGCGUAUGUCUCAGAAAAUCCUACGCCACCUCCCUCUCCACCUAUGGAGACGCCCGUUAUGGACAUGGACAUGGACAUGGACAUGGACGUGGACGUAGAACCAACACUGGAGGCUCAUCAACUGCUUCAGGAAGUCCUCGCCGAAUUACUCUACUUACCCGGAGAUGACAUUUGGCAUUCUUAGCAAGAAAUGGCACAAACUCAGAUCGACAGAUCGUGCUGAUUUUGGUUACCCCUUUGAAAAUGUGGCAGGUCAUUGUGUCACAAUCAGAAAGUUAUCAGAUUGAGAUGUUUUAUUCUUUAAGUACAACAUGAUGGAAUGUUUUCAGUUCAGGUGUCUGCCUACUAUAAAGUUAAGAUAUU